AUGUCGCGUGUGGCAAGACAGCUCAAGUUUUUCAACAAGAUCAGUACGACUACUGUGGAGCCCCAAAUCGUUCUGAAUGCCGAGAAAUACUCGGGACUGAAUUUGACGUUCCAGUAUCAAAAUCACAAUGGACACAUGGGAGCCAGGAAAUUCUGGCGUGAGUAUAUGCCGACGUUACAGUUCUACAAUCCGCAAAUGCGUUUUCAGGUCACCCGGGUGAAAAACGAGGACAAAAAAAAUGCUAGUGUUCCAUGUGUUUUGGAGGUUCUGGACAGGGAAGGAAAGGCUGUGGGAUCACUAGAUAUGCGUAACAAGCAAGGUUCCGAGAUUAUGCAGGCGCUUCUCGCCGAGGUUGACCACGUCAAAGUGGCCGAGGAGGACAUUGUCAAGCUUUAA